AUGGAAAUAAUUCCUCUGCAACCAAAGCUUAGCUCAUACGUGACAGCUAUGUCAAUGGCUGCCUCUCUCCCCAUAAGAAUGGAGCGGGGAAUGAGGUUACAAUUUCAAUGUCAUUGGACCAGGCACCGCAACAAACAAAUAAUUAGUCCACUCUCCGCGAAUGAUGGCAGUACAAAGCAAAAAGCUUUGUUCGUAAUGGGAACAACUGCCACUGGAAAAUCAAAACUCUCCAUCGAUUUAGCCACUCAUUUUCAAGGUGAGAUCAUCAACUCGGACAAAAUUCAGGUUUACAAGGGCCUUGACAUAUUGACCAACAAAGUUUCGGAAGAUGAAAGCCGAGGUGUGCCUCACCACUUGCUAGGAUUUGUGGAACCUGGGGAAGAGUUUACCACACAAGAUUUUUGCAACCAUGUACAUAUGGCCAUGAGACAUAUUAUAGGGAAUGGAAACAUCCCCAUUAUUGCCGGCGGCUCAAACAGAUACAUCGAAGCACUCGUCGAGGAUCCACUGUUCAAGGAUAAUUACGAUACUUGUUUUCUAUGGGUGGAUGUUGCCUUGCCAAUUUUAUUUGUUCGCGCAGCAAAGAGGGUUGAUAAGAUGCUCGAUGCUGGUCUUGUCGACGAGGUCCGAGGCAUGUUUAUUCCAGGGAUAGAUCACAAUAGCGGGAUUUGGCGGGCUAUUGGGAUUCCAGAGCUGGAACCAUAUUUUCAAGCUGAAAUGGAAAUGGCCGAUGAGGUGACCAGAAAAAUGUUACUUGACACUGGUAUCAAGGAAAUGAAAGAAAAUACCAAGAAGCUAAUCAAUAAACAACUGAGGAAAAUCAAAUAUUUGGCGAAUGAGAAAGGAUGGAAAUUACAUCGGAUUGAUGCUACUUUUGUGUACGAGAGAAGUGGAAACGUAGAUGAAGAUGUUUGGGACGACAAGGUUUUGAGACCUAGCCUGGAGAUGCUCACUAACUUUCUCCAGGAAGAUGGGAAAGCAGAAGAAGUGAAAGCUACAGUUUCUAGAUCCAAGGGGCUGCAUCUAAUCCAUUGACAUAUUUGUUUAAU